AUGUUUUUUCUUUUAAUAUCUGUUAAUAUAUUGUGUGGUGUUCUAUCUGAAAUUAAUUCUUUUGGUAUAUACUAUAACCAUGACAUUAACAUUGAUUAUCAGGAUUAUACCGACACUCCUGAAUAUUUGGAAGAGUUAAUAACUGUUCUAAAAGAUAUGUUUAGAAUUACUCAAAAAGAUUUUACUAAAGUAUUUUUAGAUAUGCUUAAAUGCCUCGCGAAAAAUAGUGAGGUCCCAAGAGAAAUAAGAGAAGUGUUAAGUGUUAUCAUCGAAAUUAAAGGUCUAUUAAAUGAUUUAUUCAAUACAUAUAUUAUUGGAAAACAAUUAUUUGUAGGUGUUGAUUAUUCACAAAUAAAGUUAUUAAAGGAUAAGCUAAAAAAAUCACUUAUUAGUGUUAUAAAAAGAAUAAAUAGAUUCAAGAAAUUAAUGAAUGUAAAAAAGAGUGAUGAAAAUAAAUACACAAAAAUGGUCUCUUCUUAUUUAUAG